AUGGAGACUACAACAGUCAAGCCGCGUGUUGUCGACCGCGCCGUCUUCAAAGAGCAGCUUACGGCGCUGCGAGACCGCGAGAAGGCGCAUACCCGCGAGGGCGACGCUAUCGCCGCCGCCCGCCGCCGCCUGCCAAUGGUAGAGGUUGACAGCGCUACACGGUUGGUCGGAACGGCCGGCGAGUCGACUCUGCUCGACGCCUUCGAGGGCCGCAAGCAGUUGCUCGUCUACUUUCACAUGUGGCACGACGGCAAGCCCGCCCCGGACCAGUGCGAGGGCUGCACCUUUUUCAAUGGCCACGUGCGCGAGAUGUCGGUCCUGCACUCCCGCGAGGUCUCCUACGCCACCUUUUGCAAAGGGCCCUGGGAGCAGAUCUCGCGCUACAGGGACUUCCUCGGGCUGGACGUCCCAUGGUACCACCUCUCCGAGGAGGCGGCCGACAGCAUCGCCGACGGCGCCCUCGUCGCCUACCUGCGCGUUGGGGACCGCGUCUUCCAAACAUACGCAGCCACCGGCCGGGGGUGUGAAGUGAUGUCAAAUUCCUAUGGGCUCCUUGACCUGACCAUUUACGGCCGCCAGGAGGCCUUCGAGGACUCGCCUGAAGGCUGGCCCCGGGCGUACGGGGACCGUGGCACCCAGUUCCGUACGGGGACUCGCCCUAUCCUCCAAUGGCCCCGUGUCGACGCGGGGUAUUGCGACGACCUAAGUGGCGCUUCAAGUGUCGAGAUCGAGGACCACCCCACACUUGCCUGA